AACUUUCGGUCUCACAGUGCAUGUGGAUUCUCACUGGACAACUGUCAGCCAGAGAUCAGGGAGCGGCUUUCACACUUUGCGAAUGGACUUUAAAGCACAAACGCGUACAAUCGUAUUCGCUAAGGGCACAGGUGAGCCCAUAUACAGACUCGGAGUUGUGACGUGGAUGCAUCAGGAAGAUUAUCCGGUGAACGCUCUGUGUUGUCUUUAGCGGCAUGGAAAUAAGAUGGCACAGUGACACAACCACCUGUUGCGGUUACUGAAAAUGAAGAAUUGGAGGUAACAAGGGAGGAGGACAACAAUGUUUCAGCUCAUCCAUCAUUUUUUGGAGAUGUAUGCUGAUGAUAUCUUCAGUCUAUGUGUUUGGAUGAAGCCACCUGGGUGUUGAUUGAUAUUCUAGCUUUUAAAAGUGGAUGUUAAACCUUUCUUGAACCUGGAUGCUUUCAGUUGUACAUUUUUCUCAAUGCCCCUUGUUAUUGAGCUUUUUCUGUUUUUUUAUUGCUUAUAAACUAUGCUGUCCUGAAGAUUGUCUUCUCAGUAGACACCAAGACUCAGUUGGAGAAAGACCAACUAUUUUCCAGCCUGUUGCUUCAGUUAAUUGUGAGUUAAUUGGGUAUCAGCACUCCUGUUGGGAUUUCCAGGGCUUUUUUCCCCGCCGGAUUAGCAGAUGUUUUGUGAUCCUGGUUGGAAAGACAUCAUUAACCAGUGAAUUGCAUUAAGCAUCAAGAUAGCCAGUCUUAACCUUUUAAAGUUUUGUUAUUUUCUAGUUUCUUUUGUGGGACAUUUCUGGAACAUGCAUUUUUUUGCAUAUCACAGUAACCUCAUGGAUUUAAAGCUUCACUGAUUAUUGCACAAAUGAUGUUAGAUAGUUCCACUUUAUACUUUUCGCUCCUUGAGGAUCUUUUGUGAAGACCAGUGAGCAACAGCUCAACCUUGUACUUUUCGAAAGACUCAAUCUCCUCCCCAGUUUUAUAAGAAGGGAUGAUGACGGAAAAGCGCUCAACGUCUUUCAGAAAGGAGAAGGACAGGACUGAGAAGGCCACUUCGAUUUCUCAUGCUCUCAGCUGGCUCAGUUUGUCCUCUCUGUCACAGCAAACCCGUAAACUUUUUCGCAGCCAGAACAGCCUCCACAGACACUCCUAUGCUCCACGUGGAGCGGAUGAAGAUGAGGAUGACUGGGUUUAUGCUCCUCAGCAUUACGUAGCUGUGUCUAAUUUGGAUGAAGAGAAAAAGUGGACCGUGCACUACACUGCUCCAUGGCAUCAACAGGAAAACAUCUUUCUCCCGGGCACCAGACCCGCCUGUGUGGAAGACCUGCACCGCCAGGCCAAAGUUAACCUGAAAACAGCCCUCAGAGAAUGUGAUAAACUGAGGAAAGAUGGCUUCCGCAGUUCACAGUACUACUCACAGGGCCCAACUUUUUCCAGAACCACUGAAUCCCAAAAUGAGGAUGAGGACAAUGAAGCAGAUGAUGCUGAUAGAAAGUCAACAGCAUCUUCAGGAGAGGAAGAAAAGGGAGAAAUGAGUUCAGCACAGGUGGAGGGAGUUGAUGGGCAAACGCCAUGUACAAAAGCCGCACUCCUGCCGACUCCAGAGGAGAAGAUGAGGCAGCAGGCCCAGGCCGUUCCCACAGAUAUCGUCCCCAUCAAUGUCACAGGAGAGACAUUUGACAGGCAGGCCAGCAUCCGCCGCUCCCUAAAAAACACUGACACUCUGACCCAGCGGUCCAAGAAGGUUAAGCGGAGAAAGACUAUAUCAGGGGUGCCUGACAGCGUCCAACUGGAACUAGCAGCAAAAGGGCGUGGAGGAGAGCUCCGGCCACAGUCCAUGUUUAUCCCCGGGCAGUAUUCAACACUUGGGAGAAUCGGAAAUGGGAAUUCAACUCUCCGUCGGUCUGAAACCAAAGAUUCUGGCUGCCAGACCGAGGAGGUGAAAAUCGUCCCACCCUCCAUGAGAAGAAUACGGGCUCAGAGGGGCCAAGGAAUCGCUGCUCAGAUGUCUGGCAUUUCUACCUCUGCCAGCAACAUCUCUUCUAUGUCUGAUGGGAACUCCUCUGGAAGUUCAAUAGUUUUAAUGGCACCACAGUUUUGCAACGAUAGACAGCGUUUCCACAGCUUGCCACGAGGUGCACGGGUCUCUCUAAAUGCCAGCCCUCUUUACAGUAGCACCCCGUGCGGGCAUGAAGAUUCCACAGCAAAUGCAUCUCAUCAGAUCGGAAAAUUACAGGUGGAUGAUACUGUGGUGCACAUGAGGAAUGCCCCAAGGGGACGCACCCCAGCUCGACCAAAAUCUCAGGAGGUGAGAGGGAGUCAAAGAGAGUGGGACUCUAUCUCUGGUCCUGCUUGUGUAGUUUCUCCACAUGCAGCCUACUCGACGUCACUGAUACCCAAUGCUACACUAUCAUGUUCUUCUGAGGUAAUUGCACUUCACCCUACAUCAAGCCCUGGCCAGAGCCCAACUACUGGGUCUCCGUACUCUAAAGGUAGACCUCUUAGCAUGGUCGCAGCUGUCAACAGGGAGAGCACCAGUAGUGUGGCAACAGGUUCCCACACACCAGAAACAGGCAUUCCGGAUACCUGUAGUGAUACCUGUAGCCAGUCUGAUAGCAGUUUGCACAGCCACAGCACAAUUGCAGCAGGAGCAUUAUCUUCAGAAGAACAAUGGAUUUACGACACCCCUGAAAAUGUGCUCCCCAGAAGGACACUGUCCUCAAGCUGUUCUACACCCAUAAAUAAUCUAUAUAGUAGCCUGGAGCGCUCCUCAAAAGGCACAGACUCUAGUUCACUCUACUCUAUGGACAAUGAUGGCUACUACACUUCCAUGCAUUUGGAUUCAGGCCUUAGAUCAAGAAGCCAAGGUAGUGGCCAUGGUCAUGGAAUAGGAGGCAGGGCAGCAAGACAUAGUAUGUACGAAUGCCUGGGUCAGCAAGAUGACCGAUCCAGUCUGUACAGUGACCGUUCACUGUCACGUUCCAUUUCCCUUCGCAAACCUAAGAAGCCACCUCUUCCACCAGCACGUACAGACUCUCUACGGCGAAAGCCUAAGAAAACCAACCCUCCCACGGCAAAUACUGGUGGGUCAGAUAUUACCAACAGAUCUGUUCUGAAUGAGUCCUUGAUUGCCACACUCCAACAGUCACUUCAGAAUGGACUUAAAGGGAAAGGGUCCUCUACCUCACCAUCUCACAGUCCCUGCAGUGACUAUGAGGAUCCUUGGAUGAUACGUCCCAGGAGCCAGAGUAGCAUUAGUGUGGGAAGCAGUAAUAUAUCAGCAGCAGGGAUGCCAAAUGUUUACUCCAUCUGUCACGUGACACCCUCACACAGUGAGACUAGUAGUCUACGAUCUGAUUAUGCAGAUUCUUGGAACUACUACAUGGAUUAUCCACGUCCACCUAAUGAGCAGACACAGUCACCAUGCAAAUCUGCUGGACAAGCAGGUGAAAUGGCAAAUGGAAGAGGCCUUCACAAUGGUACCCAGACAUCCCAUCCUUCCACCCGGGAGGGUAGUGAAGUGUACAUAAAGCCCAAAACUGGCACCUCAUCACCAGACAGGGUCCAUCGAUUGACUUCUCCAUCAAGCGGUUACUCAAGUCAGUCAAACACUCCAACAGCUGGAACUCCGGUCCCCUCAUUCAUGAGGUGUAAGUCCCCGUCAGGCAGCAAGCCCAGACCUAAAGUACCUGAAAGAAAGUCAUCCUUGCUCUCAUCUGUAUCUAUUUCAUCAUCUUCUACCUCACUUUCCUCCAACACCUCUGAUUCCAUCAGACACAAUGUUCCUCCACCACCACCUCCUCUACCAGGUGUCAUCCCUGUGUGCAAUGCAAGCCAGGCAUUUCCUCCUCCACCACCUGUUUUACCCAUGACCCCCUCUCAACAAGCAUCCAUGCCCCCACCUUACAUCAAUUCCUCCCCAGAAUUUCCACCCCCUCCACCUCCAGAGGUCUGGAUUGACCCUGGCCUGUCAAACCUCAAUAGUUCUUUCAGUCCUCCACCUCCUCCUCCACCUCCAUCUUGUCCCAUUAUCCCUGCAUAUCCUUCCCCCCAAAUUCCACUCAUGCCCAGCAUGACACCUUCCCCUGCCUCCUUAAAGGAUAUAAAGAGCAGCCUAAAGCCUGUGAACACUGAGAAAAAAUCUGAGUCCACACACUCUGAGGAGUCUAGUAAACUUGGUGUGCCACUGAUUACCCCCCUGGCUUUGCAAAGUGUGCAGCUUCGCUCAGUGAAACGGCCAGAAAAGAUUGAACUGACAGCUGACCAAUUGGCCAUUAAUACAUCAGAGAAGCUUCAAAAACCAGAUCAUCCCACAGUUUCACCGGUUUCUCCACAAAAAAAUGGAUCCACCCUUCUUCGCCAGGGUAAUGUUGAAGUUGUUGAAGCACAACCUGACUGCAAUGUAAGGUCAAUCAAAAAAUCAUAUUCAGAACCAGCAUGGAGCCUUACAAAUGGAUCCAUAGAUUUUGGUGAUGUUAAGGCCACAGACGAAGUGGAUGGUCUUGAAACUCCCGUGUCAUCACCAGUGAAGACACCACAAAACACUACACCCAGGAAAAUGCCUCCUGUUGUUUCCAAAAAGCCCAAGUUUCCUCUCACCUUUAGACCAUUGCAGAACCAUACAGCAUCCACAGAUGGAGAUGCUGGAGACUUGUUAAAUGCUCAAAAUGAGGAGGACAUUUCUACAACACAAUGCCAGGAACCCACACCUAUGCCACAACAAGAAGAAGAGAAACCAAAUAAUAAUAAUAGAAGUGAGAUUUCUUUACCUCCUGAGGAGAUGAGAAAAAUGUCUCUGACAAAUGUUGAAUUUUCCAAGACUCCUUGUACUAUCAUCCAAGAGACAGUUUGUGAUGUGGACAAGAGCAGUAGUACAGAAGAGGAUAUAGAUGAUGAAGAUGUAACCAGCAACUCCGGAUCUGUUGGUUCUAAAGAUGAUGAAAGUGGUGAUGUGUUUGAGCCCAGCACAGUGGACACGGCUGAAUCUCCCAGCGUCAGCAGCGACAAAUGCGGGGACAUGGUGACCCCCACUCGGCCCCGGACCACCGAGGACCUCUUCGCUGCCAUUCACAGGUCAAAGCGAAAGGUCCUAGGACGCAAGGAAUCUGAAGAGGAGCGCACACAAGGUCCUCUGUCACCUCCGGUUACCCCUACCGGAACCGCCCCGAGCCUGACUUCCCCUCUGCAUCGCCAGACAGGCUCCAUCCAGCGUAACCUACGCAAAUCCUCAACCAGCAGCGACACGUUCAAGGCACUUCUCCUAAAGAAAGGCAGUCACUCCGGGACCAGCUUCAGAAUGUCUGCCGCCGAGAUGUUGCGCACCACCGACCCGAGGUUCCAUCGGACACGCUCUUUGGACUCCUCAUUCGACCCUUCGUCUCCAACCACGCCAUCUCCCGAAAGCCCUUGCGCUUCUCCAGGCCGCAACAAGAGGUCGCCCGAUGACUGGUCACCCAGAUGCUCCCCGGGGUCGCCCUUCUCGACCUCACCUUCGCUAAUCGGACCGAAAUACGGCCGAUCUCGCACGCCGCCCUCUGCCGCCAGCAGCAAGUACAACGCCCGCAGUCGAAUCCUCAGUAGCCCAAUGACUGUUAUUUGCGAGAGGGACGGAGAACUUACAGAGAGUGGAGAGUACUGUGAAGAGCCAUGCUCUGUUUCUCCAGUUCAGGACUCUAAUAGCACUUUAUGCGAGCAGAGCAGCAGUUAAAUGCUUGUCUCAUGGUGACAAAGGCACAAUGUCGACAAGACACCGGAGAUUGACCGAGGCAGGAGACCGGGAGAGGUUAAACUCUGUAGAAGGUCCUGCCGCCCGCCGCUCCAAGCUGCACUGCGGUUUUCCUGAUGUUGUAGUGUGGGCAUGCUGGGAUCUGAAGUUGCUCUGGCAAAUCAGGCAUUCAGAUCAAGCAGUAGGCAGAAUACCACUGUAUGUGUCGCUCUACAGUAAUCUAAUCAAAUUUUGCCUUCUUUCAGAGGAAAAUCUGCUUUCAGUGGCAACACUAGACGACUCUUUCCAAAGCCCUGCAUUUAUUUCUGUUCAGUUCUUUUGUUUAGCUUCAUGUUCACCUUCUCAAUCAGAUUUGUGUGGUGGUUUUUUUGUAAAGCAGUUAACACGCAUGUGAAAUGUGGUAAUGAAGGAAUUACUAAGUGACUAAGUGUUACUAAGUGAGUAGUUCAAGUUGAUGGACAAGUGCAGACUGCUUGUUAUUUCCACGCUUUGCGAAAAGAAAUCUGGGUGUGUCUUAAAGUUUACUGAGGCUGUUUUAUUACCAACUUUUGGUUUUUGCACACUGGUCUUUGAAAACCCCCAAAUAGCAGAUGACUCUGGGCCGGAUCCGCGCCGAAGUCAGCAGCUCUGUCGUGAAUCCGGCCCGGCAUCGUCUCCUGUCUGGGCCAGGUCAGAGUUUAACCGGUGAAAGCACACUGUAUGAUUUCUCCAAGAGUUUAUUUCUCACAGUUUAUUGUUCAGACCGGUCCAUCGGAAGUGUCCAGAAUGGAAAAGGAAUCAAAUAACGUGAGACUGGAGUAAUGACGGUUUGUUUGUGGAAAACCUUUUAUGUUCGGUUUCUGGUGUUGUGUAGGUUUGCACUGUUCAUCGUCUCAUUUAAUGUCUUACUGUUCAUUGUGUCUGUGUUGGUUAUUUUAAGUGUGAAAGUUAAACUUACUUGAAACAAAUGACCGGUUUUACUUGUAAUCGUUCAGUUACCAAAGACUUGAAAAGGACAGUCUAAUUUGUUUGCCCACUAAGACUGAAAUAUGAGGGCUGAUGGUAAUGUUGUUCUGUUCUUUUGGCUACUAGUGAUAAAGACAAGCUUGGACAUAACCAAGGCUUAAUAACUAACUGUCCUGUUUGCCCGUCAAACCUGUGUUCGUUCCUUGUGCCGUUUUAUAAUGUUUUUAUGUAUAUACUUAAAGAAAUGUUAAGUAACCUGAACUUAUUUUCAAAGAAUUUGUACAUUUUAGACACCUUUGCUAGGAGUGGCUUCCUUUUGUAGAGUAUUUAUUUUAGAAUAGCCAGAAUGUGGUUUGAUAUAAUAAUGUAGUGGGAGGUGAAAGUGUGAUUAAACAGAUCCUCAGACUGUUCAUUGUGCAAAAUGUCUCGCCUGUUCCUUCAGCGCUCCAUCCCACUAAUAGAAAUGUGGAUGGGAAAAUAAUAACAGAAGAACGAAAUGAACUUAACAAUGACGAAGAGGAAGCAAGCCGCUAACCCUCUGGAGUAUGUCUCUGUAAUAAAACACGGUGAUAUUUAAACUGUC